AUGGUUGCUCAAAACACCCUUCGGACCUUCUCUCUGCUUCUUCAUAAGAUCUCUGAGUGCGUCAUUACACACCGAAAGGAUGGUGAUGGUUUUCCAUCUGUUGAUACCAGUGGAGGAAGCAUUUUUGGUCAAAAGAUUGUUAAAAUUGCUGAAUUUCGGGAAUCUUCCAAGGAGCCUGGUGAUGUUGAAGACUCUCUGGUUUGGAUUCGUCCACUGUCGACAUUGCCGCUUGUUUCUCGCCGGAGCUCCAUUGCUCCUAGUCAAUCUACACUUCCAAAUGCCAAGCUACCUAUAGCAUCCACUAUCGUCUCCACCUCCAUAACCUCCAUCUAA